AUACAACUUAAAUACUCUGUAAAAAUAAAAAAAAAAGCAGCAUAUAAAAUUGAUUAAUACAUACAUACAUACUUAUACAUUUUUGUGAAAUUUCAUGAAUGUAUUUGGAUAAUAUAAAAGUUUUUAAUAUAAAUUACAGUUUAUGAAAAAUAUGAAAAUGAUUGAAUUAAACCACUUAAUAUAUGUAGAUUGAGUUAUUCAAGAAGAAAAAAAGAAUAGCAAAAAAAAAUGCUUAUAUAAAUUUAAUAUUGAAAAUAUUAACAAAUAAUUUUCAUUUGCUACAAAAUAUAACCUCAAAAAGCAAAAAAAAAUAUUUAAUUAAUACAAAAUUUGUAGCCAUAACACUACUACUUAAACAAAAAAAAAUCAUUUAUCAAAUUAAUUAUACUUCUUUAUUAAAAAUAAAUAAAUAAUAAUAAAAAAAAAAAUAAACAAUAUUGUAACAUCAAUAUUACAUUUUACUAAAUUGUGGCCAGUGUGACUCAUAACGACAAUAUCGGUAACAAUAACAUAAAUAAUAAAAGUGAAAUGAAAAUGAGGAUAAAAAGAGAAUCACCGUGUCUGGUAUUAAGGUUUAUGCCAAUAAAUAAAUUAGGAAAUCACAAUAAGGAUUAUAAUAACAAAAGAACAAAAGAUCCAUCAACACCAUGUGAUGAAUACGGUAAUGGACGUGUACCAUUGUCAAGAAGUUGUUCUAGUCCAGCAAUAUAUGACAUUGAAUCACAUCCAGCAUCACCAGUUUUUCCACAUUUAUUAUUAGGUAAUGGACGUGAUGCUGUUGAUCCAACAUCUGUUGGAGCUAAUUGUGUAUUAAAUGUUACCUGUCAGCCACCACAAAAUACACCAAAUCCUAGUUUAAAAUAUAAACAAAUACCAGCUAGCGAUACACCACAUCAAAAUAUUAAACAAUAUUUUCAAGAGGCAUUUGAUUUUAUAGAAGAAGCACGUAAGAAAGGAUCAACCGUUUUAUUGCAUUGUCAAGCUGGCAUAUCACGAAGUGCAACAAUUGCAAUUGCGUAUGCUAUGCGUUAUAAAUCACUAUCAUUAAUUGAAGCUUAUAAAUUAGUUAAAUUAGCCAGACCAAUAAUAUCACCAAAUUUGAAUUUUAUGGGACAAUUAUUAGAAUUGGAACAACAUUUACGAGAAAAUGGUACAUUAGAACCACAAAGUGCUACACCACCACCAAUUCCAACUCAAUCACAACAUUUUGAAUUCAAUUGUAACACUAAUAAUAAUAAUACAAAUAGUAUCGAUAAUACAGAAAAUCAACAAGAAGAUGCCGAAAUGGAAAGCGAUAACGAUUAUGAUAUAGAUUCAAUGACAAAACAUAAAAAUCAAUUAAAUUUAAAAAAUAACAAAAGAAAUUUAUUUAGUAAUUAUGAAUGUACAUUAUCACCAACAUUAACAACAACAUCAUCAUCAUCAACAUGUUCAUCACCAUUUUCUGGUGCAUCAACAUCAUCAAUAUCAUCAUCAUCAUCACCGGCAGCUUUAUUAACACCAUCACCAUCAUUAUCAUCAUCAGUAACAUUAAACUCAAACAAUGGUACCUGUUUUCCAUUACCACCACCAAUUGGUAUAGAACAAAAAUUAUCGGCAGUUCAAGAAGAUAAAAUAUUAAAUAAUUUUAAUAUAAUGGGAACAUCAUCAUCAUCGGCUGCAGCAGCAGUAAUAGCAACAACAUCAAAACAUCAUAAUUUUAAUAAUCAUAAUAAUAAUAAUAAUAAUAAUAAUGAAAAUUGCGAUUCAGUAUCCGUUGAUAUAUUAAAUGGAAAUAGUAUGAUAGAUGAUGAUGUUGAUUCAGUUGUAGAGACACGUACAAUAGCACCGUUAACUAAUGAUGAAAUCACAUUAAAAAUAAUUAAUAGUAGAACAAAAAGAAGGCCUAGGCCGUCAUCUCUAAAUUAAAUUGGAAAGGCAUACAUUUAAAACAAUUUAUCUUUAAAUAAAACAAAAAAAAAAUUCAAAUACAUACAAUUGUAAAAUUUAAAAUAUUCAAUGAAAUGCAUAUAUAAAUUUGUUUUUUUUAUAUAAUUAUGUAAUAAAUUUUGUAUCACCAAUUCUACCACCAUUAUCCAGCUUAUUUUAAAAACAAAACGUAAAUUAUAAGAUUAUAAAAGUUAAAUAUUGAAUAGAAUAAGCGAAUUUUUAACGAAAAUUGUAAAUAGAAUAUUUUUUUUUAAAUCAAAAAUAUAAAAAAUAAUUUGAAAAUAACUACAUAUACUUGUAUAUAUGUGUGUUUUUCAAAAAAUUGACCUGACCUUAUUUUCGGUAUUAUCAAAAUUUUUAUUAUUUUCAAAAAUUAUAAAACACAACUAGAUUACA